AUGAACUUCGCCCAGACGAAAGCCAAGCUGAUUGACAUGGUGCAGUGCUUCCUGGAUAUCGCCGCAACCCUCCUCAUCUUUCUAUGGAUACCACUAGGCUUACUCAACGCACGCACCCUGUGCAGGACUCUGGUCACGGAGAAGUGCAGUUUCAAAUGGGAAAGGCGGGUGCUCAUCUUCCUUCUGUUCACCCUCGCCGGACCCCUGGGCCUCCUCGCCUGGACUUUCAUGGAGGCCUACCAGAUAUGGAGGUCGUACCAGAACCGCGUUGCUACCCGCAGAGCGGUGGCCCAGCCGCCGCCUUCGUACAAGGACGCGUUGCUGGCGGGAGCUUGA